CCAAGAACCCCGCCCUCCGGGAGAGGCGAGGCGGCGAGGCUGCCGGGACGGUUUGAGGACCAGGCCCGGCUGGGAAGACUCCAACCUUCACCUCCCAGGUCCCCGAUCCCACUUCCCGCCGUCUCCCGGCGUCGCCACUUCAGGCAGCCCACUGGGCCCGGUCUCGCCCCACGCCCGGACCGCCCCCCAGGGGGUGCUCUCACUGUGCAGCGAGUCCCUCCGCUGCCUCCUCCCAGCCCAAAAUGGCGGCGGCGGCCACCGCUCCUUCUCGUCGCCUUCCUCUAGGGCCCGGGAUCCCUCCGCGCCCACAGCCCCUCCCCCCUCGGCCGGAUCUAUUUUCUGCCUAGUAAAGAUUAACGCCAUCAAUGAACUCUUUAAUUGAGCUUGGGAGGAGAAUCCGGUUGUGCUUCCGCACGGCAAACGUCGACAUAAGCGGAAAUAUUGACAGACGAGCCGGCCAGUAAAAAGGCAGAGGUGAGCGCGGGAUGACUCCCGCGCAAGGCUAGAUGGGUUUUGGAGUUCGCGGGGUAGCUGUUGACGUGACAGGAUCUUGGGUCGCCUUCCAAGGCCAGAAGAACUACAAUCCCCAGCAGGCACCGCGCUGUAAAGGCUGUUCCCUCCCCCCUUCCUCCCCGCCCCACAACCUUAGCCCCUGAGCGGCUUGACCGGGGAGAGCUGCUGCAACUGCAGCAAGAGGUAGGGCUGAGGCGCUGGAAUUGCAGACGGGCGAUUGCACAGAAAGACAACAGAUGUAGUCGGUGUGCAUAGCCCUUGCCCUUGACAACAAAUAGCAGGUGUCACUAGUUAAAGGCAUCUGCUGAGAGAUUUGGAACAGAAGAAGGUGGCCCCUCCGAACCAGACCAACUGUAAUACAGAGCGAUCAGCAGCCAUGGAGGAGGCCAAGGCCUCUGACUCUUCUAGGAGCCCAGAAACACCCCCAGAGCCUCAUGACCCUGCUGGUUCCCUGCCCCUGACACCCCAGAUGGAGAGCCACUCAGAGGAGGAAGAUCCUUCCGGGGCUGGCGGUGGUCUGGGCUGCAAUAGUAGGGGUGCCCGGACCCAGAACCCCAGGGGCUGCUCAGUGGAGGCGGUGCUGGGCCGCAAGAAGCACCGCCGGCGGCCCUCCAAGCGCAAGCGGCACUGGCGGCCCUACCUGGAGCUGAGCUGGGACGAGAAGCAACAGCGGGACGAGAAGCAGGGCCAGAGGGCCUCCCGGCUCCGAGAGGAGAUGUUCGCCAAGGGCCAAGCUGUGGCGCCCUACAACACCACCCAGUUCCUGAUGAAUGACCGAAACCCCGAGGAGCCUGACCUGGAUGUGCCCCAGGGGGCCUCGCACCCAGGCUCCAGUGAAGAGAGUGAGGCCGAGGACAGUGGCGGGCCGGUCCAAGCUCCUGGCGAGUUCCAGCAGAGGGACUUCUCGGAGACCUAUGAGCGCUUCCACACGGAGAGCCUGCAGGGCCGCAGCAAGCAGGAGCUGGUGCAGGACUACCUGGAUCUGGAGCGCAGGCUGUCGCUGGCUGAGGAGGAGACCCGGAAGCUGCAGCAGCUGCAGGGGCGCGCCAGCCGCCAGUCCUGUCGCCAGGUUGAGGAACUGGCUGCUGAGGUGGAGAGGCUCCGGACAGAGAACCAGCGGCUUCGGCAGGAGAAUGAGAUGUGGAAUCAAGAGGGCAGCCAGGCACCUCGGGGUGCCCCCUCACCAGUUUAGCCCAAGGAGACAGUUCCAUUUAAUGCACAUGUAGGCCAGCUGGGUCUCAAGGUGGCAGGUGGUGGAUGAAAAUCACUCCCAUCACCCUUGUGCCCCCUGAGAACAGUUUGAAUUCCACCUUGUCAUUUCCACAGUUUGUUCUUUGAUGGCAUUAUUAUUAUUAUUAUUAUUAUUAUUUAAAAUUUCAGAUAGGAAGGGAGAUGGAGAGAGAGAAACAU